GCGUUGCGAAAAUCUUCUGUCGUUAUUCCGUUUGGGGCUCGCGUAAUUCGCUCGACCGAGCUUGUUAGUGGGUUGUAGAAAGGGGUAAUUUUGGCCAGGACAAUCCGUUCAAGCAGAAAUUCCAUUUCCCCAUCUUUGGGGAUUUCUUAACAGCUGGUGUCCCACUGAUCCAAACUUGGUAUCGUGGGAUUUGUCACACCUUUCACUUGCUGUCAGCAAACGGAUCGCGGCUGCUGCGAACACUUGAACGAUGGCCGGAAUACUGUCGAUAUCUUCGCGGAAUUUACCCCGAACUGCACUCCGCAUCAGCCUGCGUUCCCUAGAAGGGGGACAAGCAGUUCCUCAGCAGGUUACCGCAAGCGGUUCCAGGACCUACCACCAGGGGCAUAGAUUGCUGUUGAGCAUCCGGCAAGCAGUUGCCGAAAGUGGUCGAGGCAGCGUAUCCAUUCGAAACUCAAUCAACGCGCACCAAUGGGCAGUGAUCGAGCGUUCGAUUUUCACGUCGACUCGUUUGUUGUCGUCGGAAGUCGUAAAGGUACCCCCGUUCGCUGAUUCUGUAUCGGAGGGAGAUGUAAAGUUCGAAAAGAAGGUGGGAGACGCCGUCGCUGCCGAUGAGGUGGUCAUGGAAAUCGAGACUGACAAGACGACCGUCGGUGUGCCGUCUCCCGGACAUGGCAUCAUCGAGGAGAUUUACGUCUCUGACGGAGAUACAGUCAAAGCCGGUCAGCAGCUGUUUAAGAUGAAGAUCACUGGAGAAGCGCCGAAGGCUGCCGCCAAACCCGCUGAUGCCCCGGCACCAGCCGCAGCCGCUCCGCCACCACCACCGCCACCUCCACCACCACCGAAGGCAGCAGCGGCUCCUCCGCCGCCACCGACAUUGGCUCCUGGCGCGCCUCCACCACCGCCACCUCCGAAACAAACUGGUCCGAUUAGUCGAAUGCCGGUAGCUGCCAUCCGUCAUGCGCAGGCUAUCGAAGCAGCAACCGUAAAGCUGCCUCCAGCAGAUUACACCAAGGAGAUCACUGGAACCCGUACGGAGCAACGCGUCAAAAUGACCCGCAUGCGUCUGAAGAUCUCCUCGCGCCUGAAGGAAGCGCAAAACACGAACGCUAUGCUGACGACGUUCAACGAAAUCGACAUGAGCUUCAUCAUGGAUUUCCGUAAGCAACAUUUGGAAGCCUUCCAGAAGAAGUACGGCAUGAAGAUUGGUUUUAUGUCCGCUUUCUGUAAAGCAGCUGCCUAUGCUCUGCAGGACCAACCUGUCGUCAACGCUGUUAUUGAGGAAAACGAAAUUAUCUAUCGCGAUUACGUGGAUAUCUCAGUAGCGGUUGCCUCGCCUAAGGGCUUGGUGGUGCCCGUACUAAGAAAUGUCGAAGGCAUGAACUACGCGGAUAUUGAACUUGCCAUCGCGGGUCUAGCGGAUAAAGCAAAGAAGGGUACUCUAGCUGUAGAGGAUAUGGAUGGAGGUACCUUCACCAUCUCGAAUGGUGGUGUAUUUGGAUCUUUGCUGGGAACUCCUAUUAUCAAUCCCCCGCAAAGCGCUAUUCUUGGCAUGCACGGAAUCUUCGAACGACCGAUUGCUGUUAAAGGACAGGUGGUAAUUCGACCAAUGAUGUACGUAGCCCUUACCUACGACCAUCGACUGAUUGACGGCCGUGAGGCUGUCACCUUCCUGCGCAAGGUGAAGGCCGCUGUCGAGGAUCCUCGUAUUGUUCUAGCCGGUCUGUAAACGGAUAUAAAUCGCCAAUCGCCGCCUACGUUCGUUCACGGAGCAAGAUCAUCUAGGGGAAUCAAAGUUUUGACCACCAUAAAAGCAGCCGUAAAUUAGAAAUGCAUUGACACGAUACUAAUGUAAAAAGAGAUCUUAACACGACAACGCUUAUACGCAGCACCAGCACGCCAUGUAUCAUUACAGAUUAGACGGUCGUUGUCUGGCCACUCGUUUCUUAUGAAUCUUUAUCGUUGUUUCCUGUUAAACCUCUUGGAGGACCUUCUUUAACGUGCUGCCAGAUUAAAUGAAGCCUUUUCAAUGACUUGAACUUUAAGCAUUGGAAUGUAGGGUUUUUAAAUGGCAAUGUCAUUUACAUAACCCGUUCGUUUCCGAUCAUCAUUGACACAAAAUUUGCAUCAAUGCCCGUUACUCAAUUCCUUAGAAAGCUAAUGAUGGCUUUUACGAUAUCCGGCGAAGAUUACACGUUGUAAUGGAGAUAUUGUUUGGCAAUCGGUCAAACUGAAUACAAACACGUAAGUGUUCAUGGUGCUCUUUUAGUUGUAUUAAGCGGCAGUCAAUAGCGAUGGAAUACUGAUGAUUAGCACAAAUAUGUGCAAGUGAACGAAGGAUGAACGAUUAAAUAUCGUGCUUAACAUCAUCUUAACUUUUCGAGAAAACCUUUGAAUAACAAAUCGAUGCAACAAUGCAGUUUAGGUAGAGAAGUAUUUAUUUGCGUAAAAUGAAAUAAAACACUAUCAAGUUAUCAAACAAAUUUCAUGUACAUUAUUCAACAUUUAAUUUAUUCUAUAGAACUGACUUUUUAUGUAGAUACGAAUAAUUACCAUUGUGUCUACAUUGUUUUCUCCUCAAGAGACAAGAGGCAUUCUCUUCUUGAAACUGUUUAUACAAUUUAUACAACUAUUCGAGGGUGCUGCAGUUGCCAAGCGAGUAUCCGUCCAUCCAAGGAUCCUCCUGUGCCAGCAUUCGAAUGCUCUAACACCAAGCUUUAAUGCUCCCGCCGCGUACUGUCCAGUGAAAUAAAGCGAAACCGGUCUUAAGGUCCCUUUUUUCAUUUUGUUGCUUCUUUGGUCUUAGUUUACAAAUAAGAUAAUUAU